UUCAGAGUUAAGUUAUUUAAAACUAGAUAGUGUAUUUCCAUUACUGUGAAGAGUAAACUUGACCAAACAGUAGAGUUAAAGAUGAGAGUCAAAUUCUGUGUACAUGCAGUGAAAACAUUUACUCUACAGCGUGAUGAAUUCCCUCAACGAUUCCCUUCCAAUAUUCCCGCCACUGUUUCUGAAGUUUUGUAACCUGCACCACGUCAGAAACUGCUCCGACUGGAGAAAGACGCCGUUUGAAAAUGCUGCUGCGUGUUUCGUUUGGUGGAGAGCAGAAGUACAUAAAGCUGCCUGAAGUAACAUUUGGUGAUUUCUUGAGAGAAGUGAGUAUUAAAUUUAACAUCGAUGAAGAUAGACGGUUGGACAUCAAGAUCCAUGACCAGUCCAACACAGAGGUCGACGCUGAGGUUUUUGAGGAGGUCGUUAAAGAGUCUCAAGGACCUUUCCUUGUUUCAUUGGCCAAUGAAGCACCUGGUAACCCUCAGUCCACGUCAUCUCCACGCUCUACUGCAUCUGAAGACACAGUGAUCCUCAACUUCUCUUUGUGUGACCCAGCUGAGGAACCAGUUGCAGCCGGAGGAAGUCAACCUAAAAGGCCUUGCCGCAUCAACUAUGAAGCAAAAGCUCUAAUUGAAAAAAUCUUGACGACAAAGCCUGGAGGUGACCGUAUCAUGGAGGAGUAUGCAAAAACAAAAUCCAUUACAGAUUCAACCAGAAGACAGCUAAUCAACAUACUUACCGCAGAGAUGACAGAAAAACAUGGGACAUCUCCGCCCCGGAGUGUGAGAGUGAUGUAUGCACAGGGGAUUGUCGCUCUGUUUCCAUAUCUUGAAGACCCAUCUUCACAGAAUGGCUAUGAUCAUUACUACGAUCCUGAAAGGGGUUCAGGAUACCUUGCAUGGCGGUUGAAGACUAUUCAAAGAAAAGCUGCAGAGGAAAGAGGUCCAGCAGUUAGUAGAUCUCCUAAAGUUGGUGGUCCAGGCCAUGGGCGUACUAGACCCUUUACUGCCGACCAAGUCCUGACUGACGAGGAAGUGGAAUCCGCUAUCGCUGUGUUGAGACACACUGCUGAUGAGUACACCAUCCGUGAGAAGAUGAAAGUCACUUUCAGUUAUCGCCAUGCCAUGGUCAAUGAUAAUGACAAAUCAGCAGAGGUCUUCUCAGUAUUUCCACGGUUCCUGGACACACCAGGACUGAUAGAACAGGAUUUCAGACUUAUGUUUGGUGAGCAGACUGCCAACAAUUUCCUGGAGAGGUGGCCUACCACUUUCAAAGCAAAAGUAAUUAAGGAAAGCCAUGGACUGGUCCCCUCCACAGACCUUCUUGAUUUGAUGCGCAACGCUGAGACAUCUACUGAAGUCGAAAAUGGCUGGGACAGUGACAUGUCAACCAUCAUACUGCUGCUACAUCUGCUACCGCCAUCCGCACAGGGACGAAAGAGGCCAGGGAAGAUCUCAGCAUCUCAUGCAGUAGAUCACCUCAUCAAAUUCCAAAAGACGGGAACAAGCGUGCAGCAGCAUCUUGACACCAUAAGUCAAAGCAGUCAGCCCUACCUCCUUGCUCAGGGACCCACAAAAAGCAGCAUUACCUCCUUCUUCAUUGCUAUCGACAAGCAUGCACUUCCAUGCAAAGCAACCAGCGCAGUCGGAGCCCUGGAUGAACUCUUUAAGGCCCACUACGUCUUUUGUACAUCUUACAGUCCUGUGUUGAAUAAUUUCUUCACUUUUUUGCAAACCACCAUUUACAGCAUUGAUGUGGGGGAAACGAAGGAAACGCCAAGAAUCGCAGAGUUGCGAGUGCGAAUGGUGCGUUAAACAAUGAGGUGCUUUCUUUGCAGCAAAGAACUUGGUGAGGCAAAAAAUCUUAUAAAGCACCUCAAAGUUAUACAUGGACUCUGUACAGGAAAGACUCUUCAUCUUAAAUGUGGCGAAGUGGGAUGCUCACGUUUUUUUAAUAGUUUUUCGGGUUUUAGGAAGCAUCUUAACAAGUCCCAUGUGAAUAGUGGUUUUAAUGUUGUUGUUGAAACUGAACCACCACGUUGUCAAAGUGUUCUAAAUAGUGAUGAAAGUCCUGCAGAAGAGCCAUAUGAGGCUGAGGUUGAGUCAGAGCAAGCGUUAUCCUCAGAACAUCUUGUAAAUAGUUGUGCCUCUGUCAUUUCAGAUCUUAAGGCAGCAGGUGUAGCCCAGUCUGUUAUUAAUUCAGUUGUGACCUCUAUGGAGGAUAUUGUGCAGGAUAUACAUGAGCAUGCUAGAGAGUCAGUCAUCCAGGGUGUUUUUCAUGAUCAAAGAGGAACUGAAUCAUGCAAGAAAGUUGAGGGAUGUUUUGACCAAUUAGAGAAUCCAUUCACAGCUCUAAAUUCAGAAUACAAACAAUCAAAAUUUAUGACCAGCAAAUGGGAAACUGUGGAGCCAGUGGAGCUUGUAAUUGGCUCAAGAUUUGACUUGAGGCUCAACAAAAAGACAGGAACAUAUGACCAAGUAGUAGUUAAAGACAAAUUUAUGUAUGUUCCAAUUUUAUCGACAUUAAACUCAAUAUUUAAAAGUGAACAUGCCAGAGAAAUGCUCAAAAGCCCAAAUAUAAGUGAUUCAAAACUCAAAGAUAUUUGUGAUGGCUCUUUCUUCAACACUCAUCCUCUAUUUUCAACAGAGAGACACACUGUACAGAUUCAAAUGUUUUAUGACGAUUUCGAGAUUGCCAACCCCUUGGGGUCCAAGAAGGGAGUUCAUAAAAUGGGUGGUAUUUAUUUUACUUUAAGGAAUUUCUCACCGAAGUGGAAUUCUAUUUUGGCCAAUAUACAUCUUUGUGCCUUGUUUCAUGCUCAGGAUAUAAAGCGUUACGGUUUUAGUGCUAUUUUAGAUCCUAUUGUUUGUGAUCUCAAACAGUUAGAGAGUAAUGGCAUUGAUAUUCCAUUGUAUGGUGGUUGUGUUCGUGGCAGUGUUAUACAGGUGACUGGAGAUAAUUUAGGCCUACAUAGUUUGUUUGGUCUGGUUGAGAGUUUCAGUGCAAGGUAUUGCUGUAGGUUUUGUUUAGCCGAAAAAGAGGACUUCCAAACUGAAUUCUCCGAAGAGUCUCCCAAAAUAGUGUUGCGUACCAAAGAGGCCCACAGUGCUCACUGCCAAGAAAUGGCACAUAGGCCUUCUCUUCCUUAUGUAUUUGGCGUGAAGAGAUCAUGCUUACUAAAUUCACUUACAUAUUUUCACACAACCGAGAACUACUCAGUUGAUGUGAUGCAUGAUCUUUUAGAAGGUGUGGCCCAAUUUGAAUUAAAGCAGCUGUUUUUUUAUUUGAAAGAAAAAAUUACACUGGCAGAACUGAAUUCAAGAAUACUAUGUUUUGAUUAUGGAUUUACAGAGAGAUGUAAUAGGCCAGUGGCUGUGAAUUUAAGUGCAGAGUCUAAUGAUUUGGGACUAAACGCAAUUCAGUCAUGGUGCUUGCUGAGGAAUGUUCCCCUUAUAUUUGGAGAUUUGGUAGCCUCUACAGACCAACACUGGACCCUGCUUUUAUUGUUGUUACAGAUCGUCAACAUUGUUUUCUCGCCCAUUUUAUCUCAAGGCUUAUGCGUGUAUUUGAAACAUUUGAUUGUUGAGCAUCACACACUGUUCAAGGAGGUAUAUCCUCAUAAAAGACUGUUACCAAAACAUCAUUUCCUGAUUCAUUACCCUAGAUGCAUUCAGAAAAUAGGACCUGUACUCCAUAGCUGGUGCAUGCGAUAUGAAGGUAAACACAAUUUUUUCAAGACACAGCUUAAGUCCUUUAAAAAUGUCACCAAAACAUUGGCCAAAAAGCACCAGAAUCAUAUGGCACACAAGUGGCGAUCCUCAACAACCUUCCUUCGCUUGGACAUUGGUCCAGGAAAAUGUGUCUCUUUAAAUAUGAUUAAAGGUGGUUCAGUGAUUGCUAUGCAAAUGAAAAUGUCCAAUUGUGAUAAGGUUAUUAAAGUGACGUGGGCUAAGCACAAUGGAUAUGUAUACCGCCCACACCUGGUCGUUUGUGGUGAAGUUGAAUUUGAAAUGCCACUGUUUUACCAGGUCGAAUCGGUUGUGAUUAUACAUGAGAAACCGGUGCUGCUCACCAUUCCUUUAUUUACUGUAGCUUUUAAUGAACAUUAUUUUGCUUAUGAAGUGACUAAGACAAAAAAAGAAUGUGUUGCCUUUAAUGUUGAUGAUCUGCCUUAUCAAAGGCCUUUUGACCUAAAAAUGUCAUGUGGGGAAAAUGACACAGCAAUGUACAUUGUCCCAUACUGUUAUCUCUAAUCAGGCAAUAAAAGGUGUGAUACAGUA